ACUCCGUCCACUACAGUAGGUGGUGGUAUGAACCUUUUGUAUCCUUAGUAAAGGCUGGUGCACUACAGACUACUUACAGCUUGCAAACGCUGAGCUGACGGUCAGGUUGCAAAAUGGCAAACGCUACGCUUCAGUCGUUCAACGUCUUUCUGACGGAAAGAUUAACCGCAGCUGCGGUAGACAUUUAUGGGUUCGUUGAAAAGGCAGUAAUAUAUUAUCAGGAGGAGGUGUACCGAACAAAACUGGAGAACCAGAGGUUACAGCGGCUGCUUGAUUUGGUCUACAAACCAGAGAUAAGACUACACAGGGCAGAUUCAAGGCAGAUCGAUUUGCCUACACCGACACAGGAGGUUUGUGCUCAGGAGCAGCAGGUACAGAAGGAAUGUUUUCCCAGUGAGGUCAACAAGGAGCAAGAGGAAGUGACUGAACCCUGGACCAGUUCGAUGGAGACAGCUGUACAUCUGUCAUACAGUAGCAUUACAGAAACACUAUCUCAAAUUGUUACAGCUAGAAAGUGUGAAGAAAAUAAGAUGCUGGACAACCUAACUCAAACUGUGACAGUUGGAGAGCGCAACGAAUUCAAAGCAUGAGACAGCCUGACUUAAGUCAUAACAGGUGGAGGGCACAUGCAAUCCAAGAUACUGUCACAAGAUGACCAACUGUUACCAUCCUUUGCAGUAACCCCACUGUAUACAAGGAUGGAAAUGGGUUUUCUUGUAAUAUUUGCCAUCAGCCUUUCCCAAAAAAAAGUCAAGUUAAAAUUGCGCCUUGCAGCUCACGCAACAUAAAGUUCGCCAGAGUCCACCAACAAAGCGUUCACCAGUUUUGUCUGUGGUAGAACAACAGACUCCAGGAGUCAGAUGACCUGCCACGUGAGAACACACACAGGGGAGAAACCAUUUUCCUGUUCUACUUCUAUUUAAAGUCACAUGAAAGAACACAUGAGGACUCACACUGGGGAAAGACCUUCCACCUGAUGCAUCUGUGGGAGAAACUUCAACGCAUCUUCAAUAAUGAGUAAACAUGCCAGGAUCAAACACAGGGAGAACAUGCCGUUCAGAUGCCAAACAGCCAAGUGCACUCACACCUACGGAGGAGGUUCCCACUAAAGAGCAGGCCUGGAGCCAUAUUGUGUGCCAGGAUGAACCAGGACCCUCCCAGAUUAAAGAGGAGCAGGAAGAGCAGAAGGACGAAGUGUGGAUCAACGGGAGUGAGGAGCCACCAUCAGCAGAAGAUAGCGAUGAUGGGGACGCCUUGACAAAAGAACUCAUUAAAACAGUGCAGCAGUUAGAAGACUGUAGAGCUGCAGAGGAGAGCAACGAGCCAAAUCACACCCCUGUGGAUGAUCCAAAGCACUCUGAAGAGAAGACUAGCACCACCUUAUACCGCUGCCACAUAUGCAACUUCAUAUUCACUAAAAAAACUGUGCUCACGUGGCACCUCAAGACGCACGAAAGCAAGUCACAUGAAACCAAGGGGAACUUUGACUGUCACAUAUGUGGUAAACACAUCCCUUGUCAGAGCAAUCUCCAGAACCACAUGAGAGUACACACAGGAGAGAGACCCUACACCUGCCACUUCUGUGGAAAGUGUUUUAAACUGAAAGGGCACAUGACAGAACACAUAAGAACCCACACAGGAGAGAAGCCUUUCAGCUGUCAUAUCUGUGAUAAAUCUUUCAACAGAGGUUCCACUCUGAGGAAACAUGUUUUAGCCAAACAUAAAGAGGAGAGACCAUACAAAUGUGAGGAUUGUGAUGAGCUGUUUACUGAAAGGCUGCUGAUGAAGAGACACAUGCGAAAAGUUCACGGCAUCAAAUUGUCUACGAGUCAAAGUCUUGCCUAGAACUGAAGAGCAGACGUCACUGAUGAUGCAUGUUGCAUAUGGUCGCAGAUCGGAUUUAAAAAGAUAGGGCAACAUAUCUUUUAAAAUGUUUCAGUACAAGCGCCAGUGAGGAACGAGAUGAAUAGCAGAAUGAUAAUUUAUUCAAACAUUAUGCAGCAGUAUCCUCAUUUUUCACAUGAAGCCGGACUUCAAAUGUCAAGUGUUGUCUUACAUAAACAGCUACACAAGAACCUGAAAUUAUUAAUUAAAGGGAACAGAGUGAGGGAAAUGUGCUUGUUUGCAUUUUUGGUUGGACUUGGUUUCAUAAAACAAGGAACUUGAAGGUGUCACUUUGGGCUCUGGGUAAUCGGCAACAAUUUUUAAUCUUUUUUUUUAUUUGUUGUUUUAACUUUUAUAGACUAAAUGAUUUAUAAAUUGUGAAAAUAAUUGUCACAUUAAUCCAGGUAAAUUGACCUACUGGAGGAUAAAGCUGUUGUUUGUCAAGAUAUAUAACAGAUUUACAAAGAAACAUGAAUCAUACAUUAAA